AUGGAAUACUGUGAGAAGAGUACAUUAAGAAAUUGUAUAGACAAUGGGUUGUUUAAAGAAGUUGAUAGAGUGUGGAGAUUAUUUCGUGAAAUUAUUGAAGGUUUGAAUCAUCUACACGAUCAGGGCAUUAUACAUCGUGAUUUAAAACCUGUAAAUAUAUUCCUUGAUUCCAACGAUCAUGUCAAGAUUGGAGAUUUUGGUUUAGCCACUACUGAUAUCUUAGUCAAGCCGCCUGGUAGUUUAUUUGAUACCACAAUGAAUUACUCUACAAGAUCUAACAGUAUGGGAGAUACAGAGUUAACUGGGAACGUGGGGACAGCUCUCUAUGUUAGUCCUGAAGUCAUGGCUACUGGCGGUAAAUUUCAUUACAAUCAGAAAGUAGAUAGCUACAGUUUAGGUAUAAUAUUUUUUGAGAUGUGUUAUAAACCACUAACUACUGGAAUGGAGAGGAUAGUUAUAUUGACUGAUCUCAGAUCUCCAGGAAUUAAAUUCCCACCAGACUUCCAGGAUGUAGAACUGGAACAACAGACUAAGAUCAUCAAAUGGUUAUUGAAUCACGAUCCGAACUCUCGACCAACCACCAAAGAAUUAUUACGUUCAGAUCUGUUACCCCCUCUACAGAUGGAAGAGGCUACCAUGAACGAACUGUUUCGCUCUACCAUUUCCAAACCCCAGUCUCGAUCCCCCUACCACCGAUUAGUUGAUGCGUUAUUUUCUCAACCUUUCUCUGCUGUCCAGGAUAGAACGUAUGAUUCAGAUACAUGUAAAGUAAGUUUUUCACCAAAGUUGCAUUUAAUACAGAAGUCAGUUAGUGAUUGUAUAGAGAAAGUAUUUCAAAAUCAUGGGGCCAUCAAAUUCUCUACACCAUUAUUAAUGCCAAAAUGUCACCUGUACGAGUCAAAUGAACAAUAUGCGUGUUUCGUGGACCAUAGUGGAGGCCUCGUAGGAUUACCAUGUGAUCAAAGGGUUCCGUUUGCUAGAUUUAUAGCUAGAAGUAAUACUCAGUCUAUGAAACGAUACUGUCUAGAUAAAGUUUACCAAGAGAAAAAGUUCUUUGGUCUACAUCCUAAAGAUAUGACAGAAUGUGCUUUCGAUAUCGUCACUCCUUCACAUGCUAGUUUGAUUCCAGAAUCAGAAUUACUGGCAGUUUCGUCUCAAGUCAUCCACGAAUUUCCUACAUUAAGGGAAAGAAAUUAUUAUUUUCGUCUCAACCAUACCUCACUAGUGAAAGCUGUUUUAUUAUUUUGUGGAAUACGUGAAGAGAAACAUCAUGCUGUACAGCUUUGUCUUCGAGACUUUCAGCAUAAGAAGACCAUGAGACGACAAUCACUGGAGUCUAAAUGUGGUGUGACCUUCACAGAUCACAGUGCUGCUAAUUUCUUUGCUUUGUUAGAUUUUGAAGGAAGUUACAAUAAAGUUAGCAACCUGUUGAGACCUGUUGUUAAAUCAAAAGGCCAGGCGAGCACCCUAGCUAAACAAGGUCUACAUGAGUUGGAAACUAUCAUCAAUUAUGCUGAGUCAUUGGAUGUCAAAUUAGAGAUAAAGGUUACAGUGGGAUUGAUAUACAAUCCAAUACAAUAUGAUGGUUUUAUAUUCCAAGUUUUAUAUGAACAUAGAAAGAAGAAAAGGUUACUGGGAGAUGUUUUGGCUGCAGGAGGCAGAUAUGAAAAAUUGAUAAGAAAAUUUAAAGUGGAGAAAGAUGAAGACUGUGGUAUUCCGUCUGCAGUUGGUGUCAGUCUGGCUUUCGAGAAAAUUGUCUCGGCUGUCUUAGAUACUGUUGAAGUUCCGAGUUCUCACGAUAUUGUAGUAUGUUCUGUAGGACAUAAGACUUUGUUAAAAGAAAGAUUACGUGUGGUAAAAGAGUUAUGGGCGGCUGGGCUGAGAGCAGAAGUCUUCUAUGAUUCAGUUCAGAAUCUGGAAGAGGUUCAUAUGUACUGUCGUAACUAUGAUAUUACCUAUAUUGUAUGUUUAAAAGAUGGUGAUGGUGGAUCAGUCAGAAUUCGUUGGAUGGAAAAAGAUAAGAACAUGGAGAAGAAAGUAUUUAUGGUGGAAAUGGUUGAAUUUUUACAACAAAAAUUAUCAGCCUCCAAAAUGUAG